GACUAUGUUCAGAUGGUGUGUAGACAGUGAGUUGCUACAGAAACACCAUUUGAUCUGCCCGGAUGAUUACUACAGUGACAGAGUGCCAUUUUGCUCUGCACCUAAAGGUGUCUCCGUCCCCGGAUGUUCAAAACUCACAUUCAGUUGUGAGAAGCGGUCCGUCCCCAAGAAGCACCUGGCCAAGAAGCUUGAGGCUUCCUGCAAGAAGACGCUCAUUAAGUCUCAGGACGAGUUAGACUACACUGUGGACAGCCUGACGGGGGACUUGUGUUCAAAGGCCAAGCGCAAGGCCGUCAAGAAGGCAGGUCCAACCAAGAAUAAAAAGUGGAUGAGCCACUUACACGUGCCUCAGAGGGAACUGGAGCGACUUCUGCUUGCCAGAAUGGAGAGUCGGAACCACUUCCUAAAAAACCCUCGGUUUUUCCCUCCUAACACUCCCUAUGGAGGCAAGUCUCUUCUCUUUCCUCCGAAGAAGCCAGUACUGACAGGAGAUUUCCAGGGUGGAGAUUUGAAGCAGAGCUGUGCUGAUACUCCAGUGUUUCUAGCUAAACCAUCAAUCGGAUUUUUCACAGAUUAUGAAAUUGGGCCGGUUUAUGAGAUGGUGAUCUCCCUGCAGAACACCACGGCAACCAGCCGCUACCUGCGAGUCCUCCCGCCUUCUACACCGUACUUCGCGCUGGGAUUGGGGAUGUUCCCAGGAAAAGGUGGAAUGGUGGCUCCUGGAAUGACCUGCCAGUACAUCGUCCAGUUUUUUCCUGACUGUCUUGGGGAUUUUGAUGAUUUUAUCUUAGUCGAGACCCAGUCAGCCCACACACUCCUAAUCCCCUUACAGGCCCGGAGGCCACCCCCAGUGCUGACGUUAUCACCAGUGUUGGACUGCGGUUACUGCCUCAUUGGGGGAAUGAAGGUAACCAGAUUCAUCUGCAAAAACGUGGGCUUCAGCGUCGGCAAGUUCUGCAUCAUGCCUAAGAAGAGCUGGCCGCCACCAAGUUUCAGGGCUGUUGCAACCAUUGGCUUCAUUGAGCAACGUCCCUUUGGAAUCCUGCCUUCGGUGUUUGAGCUGGCUCCGGGGCAGGCCGUAUGUGUGGAGGUCUUGUUCCUCCCGACGAGCCUAGAAAAGGCAGAGCAGACCUUCAUCAUUGUAUGUGACAACUGCCAGAUAAAGGAGCUGGUGACCGUAGGAAUCGGGCAGCUGGUUGCUUUGGAUCUGAUCUAUAUUUCUGGCGAAGAAAGUCAGCCGGAGCCUGGAGAGCUCACAGACUUAACAGCCCAACACUUCAUACGCUUUGAGCCCGAGAACCUUCAGUCCACAGCUAGAAAGCAGCUGAUUAUUAGAAAUGCUACGCACGUGGAGCUGGCCUUCCACUGGCAGAUCAUGAAGCCUAACCUGCAACCCCUGAUGCCUGAAGAAACCUACAGCCUGGACAGCCUCAAGUACCACCCUGACAGGGAGACGGCCUUCUCCAUCCUGCCUGAAAGAGGGGUUCUCAGCCCCCACACGGACCAUGAAUUCAUCCUGAGCUUUUCUCCUCAUGAGCCCAGGGAUUUUCACAGUGUGCUCCAGAUGGUGCUAGAGGAAGUCCCAGAGCCCAUGAACUUGGAACAGGAAAACCUGAAGGAUUUUUCUUACUCUGUGGAUGACGUGAUUGUCCUGGACAUCGAGGUGAAAGGCUCAGUGGAACCUUUCCAGGUUCUCUUAGAACCGUAUGCCCUCAUCAUCCCCGGGGAGAACUACAUUGGCAUAAAUGUGAAGAAAAAUUUUAAGAUGUGGAACAACAGCAAGUCCCCCAUCAGAUACCUGUGGGGGAAGAUCAGUGACUGCCACAUCAUUGAAGUGGAACCCUGCAUGGGGACCAUAGAGCCCAGCGAGGUGGAGGAUUUUGAGUUGAGCUUUACUGGGGGUGUCCCUGGCCCAACAAGCCAGGACCUGCUGUGUGAAAUCCAAAACUCACCCUCGCCAGUGGUAUUACACAUUGAGGCGGCCUUUAAGGGGCCCGCCCUUGUCAUCAACGUCUCAGCCCUUCAGUUUGGUUUGCUGCGCCUGGGGCAGAAAGCCACUGACUCCAUCCAGAUCCAGAACGUCAGCCAGCUCCCGGCCACGUGGUGCAUGAGGGAGAGCCUGGUCUGCCUCCAAGAGAGGCGUGAGGGCGUAUCUCCCUUCGACAUUGAGCCCUCAAGCGGGCAGAUUCACCCUCUGGGGGAGUGCAGAGUGAACAUCACCUUGGAGGCCAAGCAGUGUCAGCGACUGCAGACCGUCCUGGAGCUGGAGGUGGUAAACGGGGCCUGGAGGUAA